UCGCUGUGAGCCAGACGGUGUCAUCGCCCCUCGAUUUCACUCAUCCUUCCUCCUCUUGACCAUCCCCCACUAUCAUCAUCAUCCCACAUUCACCUCCCAGAUAGCUUCAACAUGGCACCCACAGCACUCCAGCUGAGCUCUGAGGAAAGAUUAGCUUAUCCCUAUCUGUUCUCAAAAGCUGAUACAGAUCAAAUAGGAGUUCUUGUCGGCGAGAAAGCCGUAGCAUUUUUUGCCCAUUCUAACCUACCUCCUACGAUCCUCGGCGAGAUAUGGCAACUGGCCGAUCAAGAUAACGCUGGAUUCCUAACUCGUCAACAGUUCGAUAUUGCCCUGAGGUUGAUCGGCAAAGCUCAAAGGGGUUUACCAGUCAACGAGCAAGCAAUCUCCUCACCUGGUCCACUAUGUGUUCUCAAAGGUUUCUCCGUCCCGGGACUCCCUAGCCCUUCAACCCCUCCUGCACCUCGCCCUCCGAAUAGCACCCCACUUGGAAUCUCGGAACCUGUGCAGGAUCCGUUAUAUACGAUUGGUAACGAGGACAAGUUGAAGUAUAGCUCCAUGUUCAUCAAGGCCGGCCCCAGAGACGGCUUACUGGAUGGUGACAAGGCUCGCGAUAUUUUCAUCCGAAGUAAGCUGUCAUUCGAGAAGCUAGGACAAAUUUGGACCUUAGCAGAUACUCAAUCGCGUGGCGCAUUAUCAGUUAGCGAUUUUUGCAUUGCGAUGCACCUCAUUCAACUUUCCAUGUCUGGGCGUCUGUCAACGUUUCCAACCAGCCUCCCAUCUGCACUACUAGACUCCGCUACUGCACCCGUUGCGGGUGCAGUCCUACCGAUUUCUCGUCAAGUCACCGGCCAACAACAAUCAAUCCCGGGUUCUCUUCCACCCUCCAGUCCACUCAGAAAAUCAUCAACUGGAAGUGCGAUUAGGCCUCAGUACACUGGGCGAUCGGCUUCCGGUGUCCCUUCAUCCUUACCAACUGGAAUCAAUAGUAUCAUAGGCUCCCCAACUGGGUUAGCCUGGGACAUCUCUUCUGCUGAAUUAGCUCAGAGUAAUAUCUAUUUUGAUUCUCUAGAUACCAAUCGUCUAGGCUAUAUUACUGGUGAUCGUGCAGUCCCAUUUAUGAUGGAGAGUAAACUUCCAGGUGAAAUAUUGGCUCGUAUUUGGGACCUUGCCGAUAUCAGGGGUGAAGGGAAAUUGAACAGGGAGGAAUUUGCUGUGGCGAUGCGCCUAAUCCAAGAUACUUUGGCUGGUGGGGUCGAGAGUCUUACCGCAAAACUUUCGCCGGGGAUGGUCCCGCCUUCGCUGAGAGAGCCCGCUGGCUUACCGGCCAUUCCAGAAACCUCAACGACCCAACAGGAUCUAUUAUCUUUGCUUGAUGACCCACCGAAUGUCACUCAGCCAUCGCAAAACGAUGCCAACAAGCCAAAGCACUCUGCCCCACCAAAUCAGCAACCUUCUUUACCCGUUCAACUCACGGGUACCCACUCGAUGACUCCCGCUGCCAGAGUUGCUUCACCUUUGUCCUCAUCUCAAGGUUACAUUGGAGCUCAAACAACAGGGCAAUUUGGUCAAUCAAGCUCUUCUCGGGGCUUGGGAGAGGAUGACGGUGCCAAAUUAGGAAAUCUUGUGAAUCAGUUGUCUUCAACUGAGAAUGCGUUGUCCACUUUACAUGAUGAAAGAUCUCGGCUUGAAAGGCAUACUAGAAGCACGGUCGAACAAAUUAAGACUCUCGAACUGAAAUUAUCCACCGCGCGACAGAUGCAUCAAAACGAGUUACCUCUAGUUGAGGAGCUGAGAAGAAAACAAGUCGAGCAGCGAUCGACUAUGAGUAAGCUGACAAGUGAUGUCAUUACUGCCGAAUCAGAACUUUCGAGCUUGAAAUUAGAGAAAGAGCAAAUUGAGGGCAGCAUACUUAGGGACAAGGAAGAAAUUCGUGACAUGAAGAAGCGGAUGGCACAACUCGAGGAGGAAACGCAACGACUCAAAUCGAGCUUGGAGACAUUGAAGAAAGAUUCAAGACUACAAAAAGGUCUGAUAGCCAUCGGCAAGAAGCAAGUGUUGACAGUUGAAGGCCAGAAAGCCGAUAUUUCCAAGGAAAUGGAUGACUUGACUCAACAAAUCCAUUCUAUCGCUUUGCCUCCUGAAGGUUCCCGAGCGCCUAGUCCAGGCGUCCCUCCACAGUCGGUUCCUUCGCAGAAAAGCACCAACCCUUUUGAACGGAUGAUGCCAGCAGCGUCUCUCACACCCCAAGCUUCGGCUAUUCAUUCACCUGAGGCAUCUGGUUCACGUGACUUGAAUCAAUCUCCACAUAGUUCUGCCACUCGGCUUGGAGUUAGUACGGACCCGUUUUUGGGAGGUUCGGAUGGUCCUGCGCAGUUUCUUACCGCUUUAUCUCCCAACACACUUAGCUUUGGGGAUGCCUUUGGCCUUGACGAGUCCAAAACAGAAGAUAAUCGCUCGCCGGCUGAUCAUGGGGGAUUCCAUGAUGCGCGUGAAACGACCUCUCCCGAUCCUCCACCUUCUGCUAAAUUCUCCCCUCCAAUAGCUCAACGUUCUGAAGAGACGAAAAAAACUGAAGAUCCCAAGAAGGAUGAGUCGGAUGAAUCAUCGGAUGAAGAAGAGAUUGAGGAUCCUGUCGCUCGUCAUUUGGCUCCCUCAUCGCGACCUGGGAAAGCAGCAAGCUUUGCCAGUGACAAGUUUCCGGCUUUGGAAGACGUUGAAGCAUCGGUGCAAUCCAAGGCCACCGCCUCCUCGCCGGUUACGUCUCAAGAUACCGGGCUUCAGGGGGGAAAGGGGGAAUCAUCAAUGACCCAAGCUGGAACUAGCUUAGGGACUGGUGCGGGCGGAGCUACUCCGGGAUCGACCAUUAAAGCCUCGCCCAUCAAAUCAUCAGCUACAAGCAACAAAUCGGUUGAACAAAACAAACCGUCCAUCAAUUCCGGUGAUGAACUAGAGGUUUCCGAUUUCGUCGCCGACUUUGGAUUGAUUGGCUCUUCCUCAUCAGCAGCCGGGGCAACGCUUGAAGACUUCGAUAGUGCAUUUGAGAACCUCCCUUCGCCUGAAUCGAAAAGAAACCCUACACGAAAUGGAGAACACAAGCCUGGCAAUCCUCAUCUCACAGGAACGACUACCACAAAUAGCAUUGGUUUUGAUGAUGGAUUUGAUGACGCGUUUGUUGUGAUGGACAGGGAAAGUUCCAAGAAGGACCAAAGUAGUCCGCUAGGCUUUGACGAAUCCUUCUCUGACUUUGAUAAGAUCUUAGCCGGUGGUAAUAGUAGCCAAAAUACUAGUAGCGGAGAUAGUAGUAAGGUGCAGAAGAAGGAGCAGGACGACCCAUUUGGCUCUCCGCCUCCAUCCUCGCCCACCGAGCCGCCUCCACUGCCGACCAGACCGACCAAUUCAUCCUCCUUGACCAGCACUACUUCUACUUCUGCUGCUGGUCCUGCCCAACAGUCACAGCAAGAUAUGUCAGCAAAAAACGAGCCCGCUAAGCCUACCGAUAGUGACGCUGUCAAACAAAUCUGCGGUAUGGGCUUUGAUCGCAAAGUCGUCAUUCAGGCUCUCGAAAGAGACGAAUGGGAUGUGGAUCGCGCCUUGAAUCAUCUGCUUGGAACUUGAUCCUCGCUUUGAGCAUCUAGAGAAUUUGAAGUAUUUGAUCUUUUUUUAUUUGAUUAUUUUUUGAGUGUUUUUUGUUUCUGUUUUUGUGCAUUGUGUUUCUAUUUUCUGGGGGAAGUGAAUGCCUAGUAGUAAGCCAGCCACUUCACACUCAAAGUUUGAUGCCACUGGACUUGGUCCUAUAUUGGCUAUCCCAAAACACCUGCCAUCAGCUGUCAUUGCAGCCACCCUUAGUCCUCUUUCUGGG